AUGGAGAAUUGGAGACGAAUAUCUUCGCUUGUUGGAUUGAGUUUGGUGGUUUGCUUCUUCCUUAUAAAGAUCCCAAUUGAUAGUUCUAUCAAGAUCCCAAGGAAAAUUCUAUUGGAAGUCAAAGACCAAGAAUUUAGUGAUGUCAAGUUGCAUACCCACCACCAUCAGGUAGUGGUGGAUAAUGGCAUCGUGCGUGUCAUAUUGUCGAGACCGGACGGUGAUGUGUUGCAAAUAGAGUAUAAUGGUAUCACUAAUUUACUUGAGGAUCAUAAUAAAAGAGAAAACAGGGGUUAUUGGGAUGUAGCUUGGAAUCAGCCAGAUCAAGGUCCUAAGGGUGCCGUUGAGAGAAUAGCAGGAACAAAAUUUAGGAUUAUAACCAACAACAAGGACCAAGUAGAACUUUCAUUUACUCGGACAUGGAAGGUUUCGUCCCAUGAAAGUGGAAGUGUUCCCUUAAACGUAGACAAAAGGUACAUAUUUCGUCGCGGCACUUCGGGAUAUUAUACAUACUCAAUAUUUGAGCGUCUUAAAGGAUGGCCCAAGGUGGAUUUGGGUUAUAUUAGGGCUGCUUACAAGCUCAAAAAGGACAAGUUUCACUACAUGGCACUAUCAGAUGAUAAGCAGAGGAUCAUGCCAACGCAAAAGGACCGGGAAAAGAGUCACGCCCUUGCCUACCCAGAGGCAGUUCUUUUGACAAAUGCAACCAAUCCUACAAUUAGAGGAGAAGUGGAUGACAAGUACCAGUACUCGUCGGAUGUAAAAGACACCAAAGUUCAUGGGUGGAUAUCCCUUGACCCACCUGUUGGAUUCUGGAUCAUAACACCCUCUGAAGAGUUUCGUUCAGGUGGGCCCACCAAGCAAGAACUCACCUCUCAUGUCGGCCCCACUGCCCUCUGUGUGUUUAUGAGUGCACACUAUUCGGGAAUGGACCUUGAGAUGAAAUUCAAAGAUGGAGAGCCGUGGAAAAAGGUCUUUGGACCUAUAUUUGUCUAUAUAAAUUCUGUUUCUCAUCAAAAUGAUUACCAAAAACUUUGGGUAGACGCUAAGGAGAAGAUGUUGCAUGAGGUUGAUAGCUGGCCAUAUAAUUUCACUGAGUCAAGAGAUUUCCCUUCUGUUGAUCAACGUGGAACUGUUGCGGGUCAACUGCUAGUUAGUGACCAGUAUAUCAGUAAGAGCUUAAUUCGGGGGCGAUCUGCUUAUGUUGGUUUGGCAGCUCCUGGAGAGGUAGGGUCGUGGCAAAGAGAAAGCAAGGGGUAUCAAUUCUGGACCCAAGCUGACGAUGAGGGACAUUUCGUGAUUAAAAACAUCAGACCCGGGUGCUAUAAUUUGUAUGCAUGGGUCCCUGGUGUUAUUGGGGAUUACAAAUAUGACACCAUGAUUACUAUUAAACCAGGUUUGGAAGUCAAAUUGGGAGCCAUUGUCUAUGCGCCUCCGAGACAUGGUCCAACCCUAUGGGAAAUUGGCAUCCCUGAUCGCACUGCUGCAGAGUUCUAUGUACCAGACCCAUAUCCAACGCUCACUAACCGAUUGUACAACCACUCAGAAAAGUUCAGGCAGUAUGGUUUGUGGGAUCGAUAUACAGAUUUAUAUCAUGACCAAGAUCUUGUCUACACCAUUAAUGUUAGCGAUUAUCGUAAAGAUUGGUUCUUUGCUCAUCUUAACAGGAAUAUAAAUAAUGGGACAUGUGAAUCAACAACAUGGCAGAUCAAAUUUGAACUUGUUAAUGUGAACAAGAACGUCAAUUAUACAUUCCAAUUAGCCUUGGCAUCAGCCCAUUAUGCAGUAGUACAGGUUCGAUUCAACGACGCACGCGCCAAACCUGCUCACUUUUCAACAGGAUUUAUUGGAAGGGACAACGCCAUCGCAAGGCAUGGAAUCCAUGGGUUGUAUUGGCUUUACAGCAUUGAUGUAAAAGGCAAUCUACUCCAUGAAGGAAACAACACAAUCUAUCUUAGACAGGCCAAAAGUGAAAACUAUUUUCAAGGAGUCAUGUACGACUACCUUCGUCUAGAAGGGCCUUCAGAAGCCUGAUCAUUAAUUUACAAGAUUCUAGAUCUUUCUUCCCCAUUUGGGAACAUAUAGUCACAUAUGGUUAUCACGUACAAUUGCAUGUAGCUAUAAGAACAAAUUUAUUUGCUGUGUUUUACGGCUAAUUAAGCAUCAAACUUGAUUUCUUAGUUCAAAAAUGAAAUGAAAUUUUUGUGGUUAUACUAGUAUUCCAUGAAUUUAGAUAUGUCCCCAUCCUUCUUUUACAUUUUUAAAUACCUAAUUUCCGUAUCAUUUGUAAUGAAUUCAUAAGAAGCCUUGUGAUUUAAUAUGGGUCUGGUAUAAGAAAAUUUUAUUGGGUCGUGUAAUUUCAUUUGAGUUCUAUUAGUUAGUGGUAAUUAACUUUUAAGAUUUUUUUUUUCCUUUUUUUUUUUGUAAUUCAAUA